AUGCUCAUCAGUGCCUGGUUAAAUACAUCGAAGGAUGCUAUAGUGGGCAAUAACCAAAAGUUUUCAACGUUCUGGAAAAGAGUGGGAGAGUAUUUCUUCGCAGCUCUGAAUGGUGGAGAUGGCGGAAAUGUUGUUGAAAGUAGCGAACAUGUUCAUUACAAGCAGAGGUGGCACAAGAUUAAUAUAGAAACCAACAGGUUUUGUGCUUCAUAUGCGGCUGCGGAGCGACAGAUAAGUAGUGGUCAGCAUGAGAAUGAUGUUCUCAAGAAGGCCCAUGAGAUCUUCUACCUCGAUCACCAGUCCAAAUUUACACUUGAACAUGCGUGGUGUGUGUUGAGGUAUGAGCAGAAAUGGCUUAACCUCAACACCACUCACGCUACUGUAAGUUCAAAGCGGAAAACCGGUGUAUCAGAUUCCCAACCUACCACCCCAAAUGUUGGUGGAGAAGAGAUACGCCCCGAAGGAGUAAAGGCUGCAAAAGCUAAUCGGAGUGCAAUGGGUAAGGGAAAAUCUGUUGCUGACUGUACGGCGGUUUGGGAGCUGAGGAAGGAGGAUUUGGACCGGAAAGAAAAGCUGUCAAAGCUUGCCAUCUUAGACACUCUUCUAGCCAGAACCGGACCACUCAGUGAGGCUGAAGAAGUAGCCAAAAACAAGCUCCUCGCCGAGUAUUUCUAG